AGGCCCAAGAAAAAAAAAAGAAAAAAAAAAAAGCAAAGCAAGUGAUCAGAUAGACUUGGCUUUGAUAAAGCUGUCUCUAAAUAUUUUUAGGAGAAGACCGCGAAUUAAAGCAAGUCUUCCCCGCUGAAGCAAUAUUUACCAGUACCUUCUCUCUCAAAGCUGGCUAAGCUCCCACUGUGAUAGCUGGAAACUUUGGGCAAUCAAAUGAAUAUGCCACUUCUGGAACUCAUAUCCUACUUUCUCCUUCUUGGCUCGCUCAGUUUUGCUGCGACUGAAGCAUACAUCAUCCCAACGUACUUGGACCACAAUUGCACGACGGACAAAAACUUCGCUUCCAAUAGCACCUAUCAGUUAAACGUUUACACUGUUCUGUUGAACUUACGUUCCAAUCCCUCCGGCACUGACAGUGCCAGAUUCUUCAACACCACCGAAGGCGCUACAAACACCAAGGACGCCGUAUAUGGCUCGUUCAUGUGCCGAGGCGACGUCCCCCAUCAGGUUUGUCAGGACUGCGUGAAAGACGCCACAAACAGGAUAGCCUCAGAGUGCCCCAACAACACGGAGGCAAUCAUCUGGUACGACGAGUGCUUCGUCCGCUAUUCCCGCCGUUCUUUCAUCUCUACCCUCGAAACAGCUCCCAUAUCCGUAAUUGGUGGGUUCACGAAUGAUGAGUCCCUGCUGAAUUCGAUGAAAUUUACGUUUAACAGCAGCGGGUUGAUAAAUACCAGGAGGAGAAAUAUGGAAGUGUUAGACAAGACGUUGAAUGAUGUGGUGGAGGAAGCAGCAAAAUCAGGUUCUGAAGGUGUCAAGAAUUUUGCAACGAAAGAAGCAAACUAUAGUGGUUCAGAGACGCUUUACACUCUUGUACAGUGCACACCGGAUCUGUCCCCGCAAAACUGCACUCAGUGUCUACGUGAUACAAUGAAACAUAUUCCGCCGGGCUUCAUUAAAGGAAAUCUACAAAUUAUGAGUCCUAGCUGCAACUUGAGAUGUGAAGAAAACCAAUUUUAUUAUAAGAACAAUGGCACGGACCCUCCCCAUGGAACCUCUGAAGAGGCUGCCCCUGUCUUUGAACACGACAAUUGUCUCCUCAACGAAAGCCUGAGUGCCAGCAAUGCCUAUCAAAUCAAUCUCAGAGAACUCACUCACGAACUUAACAUAUCUUCCAACAACACCACAGACAAUGGAUUAUACAACGCCACAGUGGGAAGAAAUCGGUCAAAUACCGUCUACGGCCUCUUCAUGUGCCGAGGUGACGUGUCCAGAGCCCUCUGCCACGAAUGUGUCGAUGAGGCAAUUGGUGCAUUAAACUCUACGUGUCCCGCUUCAAAGGAGGCUAUCAUUUGGUAUGACAUGUGCAUGCUUCGCUAUUCCAAUCGCUCAAUCUUCUCUACCUUGGACAGAAAACAUGUAUUUACACAAUCUGGUGCGGACAUGCUCAGCAAUGAGCAAAAAGGCUUCCGUGAGCUGUUAGUGGCUACAUUGCAAGAUCUGAUGACACUGACAGCGAGCUCAACACCUGUUGGAGCCAAGAAAUUUGCCACAAAAGAAGCAGACAUCAUUUCCGACGGGAAAACGUUGUAUACUCUUGCACAAUGCACUCCAGAUCUGUCUAGCCAAGAAUGCAAAAUCUGUCUAGGGGAGGCCCGGCAACAAAUCUAUUCAUGUUGUGACGGAAAGAAAGGAGGAACAGUCAUGUAUCCUAGUUGCAACUUGAGGUUUGAGUUAUACCGAUUUUAUGGCAACGAUGGUGCAAAUCUGACUGUAUCAAGGCCUCCUGCAUAUGCCCCCACUCCGGCAGUUAAUGGUUCAGAAAAAACUACAAGUGAUGUAAUUGAUUCAUUUCAGAGAUAAUUCAUAUUGCAUCUGCCCUUAUAAAUCUUUGUCACACCCCAAAAACAGAGGUUGACCGGC